UUCCCAAAGAUGGCGGAGCAAGGUCCAAUGGCGAUAGCUAUGCGGCUAAGAAACCAACUACAGAACGUGUAUAAACUUGACCCUCUAAGAAAUGAGGAGGAAGUUAAAAUAAAAAUUAAGGAUCUGAACGAACACAUCGUGUGUUACUUGUGUGCGGGAUACUUCAUUGAUGCAACAACUAUUACCGAAUGUCUUCAUACCUUCUGUAAAAGUUGCAUUGUGAAAUAUCUCCAGACCAGCAAAUAUUGUCCAAUGUGUAACAUCAAAAUUCAUGAAACACAGCCCUUGCUGAAUCUUAAGCUGGACAGAGUAAUGCAAGACAUUGUUUACAAAUUGGUCCCUGGACUACAGGAAAGUGAGGACAAGAGAAUCAGGGAAUUUUAUCAGUCAAGAGGCCUCGAGCGUAUCAUACAGCCGGGUGACGAUUCAUUGCCAGACAAUACAGGAUUACCGUACACCAGCUUCGACCACUCUAAAGCCCAUUUCUACAGAUAUGAUGAGCAAGUGUCACUCUGUUUGGAGAGACAAAGCUCAUCUUUGUCUGGAAAAGACAAAAAUAAAUUAACUUUACAGCAGAAGUUUGUGCGCUGCUCGGUCAGAGCUGAAGUCAGGCACCUGAGGAAAGUAUUGUGCCAUCGACUCAAUGUGGAAAGGCACCAGAUAUCAAGAGCAUCUGUGGGGUGUACUGGGAAAACAAAUCUCAUCCAUGGAGGCCCCACCAUUCAGUACUUAACGGAUCUGCUGCUAACGUCUUGGUGCCAGAUUCAACAGUACACCUUCAGAGGUCUUGUGCAGUCCAUGCCUCGACAGGUCCAGAUGUUGUUUAAUAAUGAAUCUCUACCAGAUCACAUGACUAUGAAGCGACUAUGGCUCUCCCACUGGUUUGGAAAGGCCCAACCACUGGUUCUCCACUAUGCCAUCAAGGACAAGAGAACAAGAUAGGAUUGUAUAAUAGUAUCAACUGGUGUAAAUAAUUUGUAUUUCACAUAUUCUAUUUUAAUAGUUUUUCUGUG